CGCACGUGUCUGCAGCGCCAUGCCGAAGUCCAAGCGAGACAAGAAAGUGUCCCUCACCAAAACUGCCAAGAAAGGCCUGGAACUGAAACAGAACCUGAUUGAAGAGCUUCGGAAAUGUGUGGACACAUACAAGCACCUUUUCAUCUUCUCUGUGGCCAACAUGAGGAACAGCAAGCUGAAGGACAUCCGGAAUGCCUGGAAGCACAGCCGAAUGUUCUUUGGCAAAAACAAAGUGAUGAUGGUGGCUUUGGGCCGAAGUCCAUCCGAUGAAUACAAGGACAACCUGCACCAGGUCAGCAAGAAACUGAGAGGUGAAGUUGGUCUCCUUUUUACCAAUCGCACCAAGGAGGAAGUGAAUGAGUGGUUCACAAAAUUCUCAGAAAUGGACUUUGCUCGAGCUGGAAACAAAGCCACUUUCACCGUGAGCCUGGACCCAGGACCACUGGCGCAGUUCCCACAUUCUAUGGAACCACAGCUCAGGCAGCUGGGCCUGCCCACUGCCCUCAAGAGAGGUGUGGUGACUCUGCUGUCUGACUAUGAGGUGUGCAAGGAGGGCGAUGUGCUGACUCCCGAGCAGGCCCGAGUCCUGAAGCUUUUCGGGUAUGAGAUGGCUGAGUUCAAGGUGACUGUCAAGUACAUGUGGGAUGCAGGUUCUGGACGGUUCCAACAGAUGGGAGAGGAGGAGCUGCCAGAGAGUGCACCUGAGUCCUCAGAGGAGUCAGAAGACGAUCAGGACGACAGCUGAUAAGCACUGGACACCCUGUGCUCCUGUGGACUGAACUGUGCGGGGGUGCUGCUGCCCCACUGUGGCUGAGUCACACGAGGAUAUCAGGGACAGACUGUUUCAAGAAUGAAACCCUGGCAGAAUGUUUAUUGCAGCAGGCAGGGUUCUCCCUGCAGGUAACACGAAGGACUUUUCCCAGAAAAAAAGAAUGGCUUUUGGGGGCCAAAAUGA